CUGCAUCGCGUCGCCGACCUCCUCUCCAGCAAGGAGCCACCUCCGCCGCCCUUGCCCGUUCUGGCCGGAUCCCGCCGCCUGGGCCCCGUCCCCGGCCACCGGUGCCCUCGCCGGGGACCAUCUGCGCCGCCCGUCAAGUCUAGCGCCUCUGCUUCGCUCGCCUGAGCCAGCGCCUCGUCCCGCCUGCUGCUGCUUCUGUUCUUCAGAAGCGAACAGCUCGCCCGCUCACCCCGUUGACCGCAGUCGCGCGUGGCCUCCGCGCCUGGGCCAGCAGCCUCCCCUUGCUUUCUCCAGAUCCGGCCCAGUUCGCCUCUGCCUCACCGGGCCAAGCCCAUGGGUGAGAAGCCCCUCCAGUACCCCCUCCUGUACUCUAUCGGACCAGCAAGAUGCGGCCCGUGUUAUUUUUUUUCUCUUUCCUGCGCUGCGAUUUUAGCAUUAACCAGGAGUUUAUAGUUUACAGAAAACCCCCUCACGUUCAUGCAUUAAUAACUAAUAAACCGUGCAUCGGAUUAACAUGAUUUAA